AUGGUUGCUCUUAGAAGAUUUGGCUCCCUAUGCCAGUUGGAUCCACUUGACCAUGCUUCUGCAGUGGCCCUUUUCCAUCACUAUGCUCAGUUGAAUCAUAGCAGCUCAUACAUUCCUGAUGAAGUUCUUGUCCAUGAGAUAGUGAAACGUUGUAAGGGUUCGCCGUUGGCGCUUGAGGUCAUUGCUGGAUCACUUUGUCAGCAACCUUUUGAGAAAUGGCAAAAUAUGAAGCAACGUUUAAAGAGUCAAUCCAUUUUUGAGUCUAAUAAAACUAACUUGCUAUGCUACCUUCAACAAAGUCUGGAAAUAUUGGAGGAUAUCAAUGAGAAGGAGUGCUUCAUUUGA